AGCCUGAUCACCUUGUUCACACAAGAUCACUGUCAACUGACGAUUGUGGCUGUGGCGUUCCACAGCAAUGCGAUCUCUCUGACUGACACCAAGUUCUGAUCGUGACAAGGAGCGGAGGCUCGUUACCAUUAGACAAAUCCACGUUGGAUCGUGCGAAGGUUUUCCUCGUUCAUAAACAAUCAAUACCAUAGUCAAUGGGACUCAAUGUUCCAGUGGUAUCCACAUAAUACCAUCAUCAACCCACCACCAGUGCAAACUCUGUAACUACGGUUUUCACGAAACACCACUGGCAAGAGCGCUGCAAUGUCUAUUACGCAAUCAUUUACUACAAACCUAGUACUACAGCAGACCCUUAAAGAUGCUAGCAGUGCCAUCAGUAAAGGUGACGAUGACAGACCCACACCGGAGGUUAUAGUGGACAGGAAGCUUGGUGAAGGGGGAUACAAUGAGGUAUAUUUGAUAUCCUGGCUUUCAGGCUGGAACGACUCCACGACACCCAAGUGUUUUGCUCUACGCCUUCCGAAACCAGAUACUCUCCUACCUCACCAAAUAUUAAACGAAGUCGCUUCCAUAUCCUUGAUAUCCGCACGUUGUCCAAAUAUUCCAGUCCCCAAGAUAUACGCAUUUCGCGCUGACGGACUGAACCCAUUUGUCGCUCAAGAAUACAUCGAUGGCGAGCCUUUGAGCAGUAUAUGGACUCGCUAUACCGAGGCGGAGAAACAUCCAGUCGCCCUGAAGAUCGCUGAGAUAAUCGUUGAUAUGGCGGAGACGCAUUUCAGUGCUAUAGGCGGAUUUGCCAGUCCCACAAGCCAUGCCCUUGGACCGACCGUAGAGGGAAGCAAACUUUUCAAGGGACGGGGUAAAUUUCAUUCCAAUAGAUGCUACCCCAUCGGUCCAUACGAAACCACAAAGGAAUACAUUCUCGCUUGCUACGAUAAAGAGAUAUACUACUAUACCCAUGCCCCCGCGUCCGAUAUCGAUUCCGACUUUUUCGAACUCACGUCUGUCGAAGAUUUUGUGCAGCAGCUACGAGAUAAGAAGUGUCAGCUAGAGACCAGCUUUGUCGCUGACGAUGAGCCAUAUGUGCUCGUGCACGGAGACUUUCACGGUCGGAAUAUCAUCAUGCAUGGGACGCAGGUGCAAGCUGUCCUUGAUUGGGAGUUCGCAGGUGCGUACCCUUUGGGUGAGCUAUUAGGAGGGAUGGGUGUCGAUGUCCUGGAAGUUGUCGACGACAAAUCAGAAGAGGAUAAUGCACUUUGGAGCAGGGAGAUUGUACGUAGGGUUGAAGAGACGGCGAGACAAAGAGGAUGGGAUGAGAAGGAAUUGGCGCUGUUAUUGGGCAAUGGAGAUCCUGUCCUCGGUCAAGCAAGGAUAGAAAUGGUUCCGACCGAUCCUUGAAUAAUGCUCUGGGCGGGUGGUAGUACUUAUCAAUAAUGUCAUGCUAAUAAAAAUAAAGGCAAGCCGCAGUACAGGCGAUAGACAACCAUGUUCUCGCAAACAUCCAUUCACCAGCACCUCGUUACCAACUAUUGUCGGUCAAUAUUUGCA